UCUCUGGGCUGGGGAUAAAAAAAGAGAGAGAGAGCCAUGUCCGGGUGAUGCGAGGAGAGGCUCCCCCCGCUCGCCGCCUUUCCAGCGCCCGGGUUUCUCUGCGGCAGACGGAGGGGGAGAGACCAUUCUUCGCGGAAGAGGGGGAUACGUUCGUUUGUCUCUCCCUCUCUCCAGCAGAGAGAAGAAUAGAAAUGCCCAGGUUUGGGGCUGGGAGGAAAUAGCGCAGUCUGUCUUCCUCCAUCCGCUUCUUGGCUUUCCAGAGCUUGGGGAUUUGUGCUUGGUUUGUGUUCCCAGAAGGCAGGGCUUUUGUUUUGCCUCGCCUGCGGUCCUUUGGAACUCCCCGCCUCGUGAUUGCAAGUCGUGAAGACCUUGGAAGGAAAAGCGGGGGCAGCCAGUGUGUGUUUUCCUGCCCUCCCAGCUCUAUUGGAGCAGUUGGCCAACAGCAGCGGGAUUCACCUUCCUGCCCUUCCUUUUUUUAGCCUGCUUCCUUCCCUCUUUGUGGGUCGUGAUGUUGCUGCCCAUCUAUCCCUCCUCCUCUUCCUCCUCCUUAUUGACUCCUUGGAACAGUGAAGACCCGUCCAGACCCAGAUCUUAACUGUCAAGAUGUGGCAAAGCAUUGGCCUGACCCUGCUGUCACUGCUGGCCACUUUGGCUUGUGUCCUGCUCUUCAUGCUUUGUGGUUGGUACGUGGUCUGGCAGCUCUUCUUAUCCAAGUUCAAGUUUCUACGAGAGCUGAUAGGAGACACAGGGUCCCAACAAGGGGAUAGUGAAGUCACCGAGCCAGAAGCGGAACAGGAUGCGCCUUCUACUCCACAAAGAAGUCGGCAGAAAUCAGCACGUCAGCGAAGGAUCCCUGUCGAAGAUGAUUAAAAUUGAAUAUUGGAUAAGCCCCAAGUGACUGGUGGUCCGCACUUCUGCAAUUAUAUGUUUCUGGUUCCACUGGCAUGAAUACGUUAUUUCAGAAGAGAUCUGGGCAACAUUUCAAUGGAGAACAAGAUGGGACUAGGAAGAAGGAAGUUAGCCAAAGGAAUUGCCUGCUAUGUUUUGCGGGUGGAAUUUGCGAGAAAGCGUGCUUCCCUGUCUUUUCUUAUUUGGCGUAUUUUUGUGUGAGUGUGAAUGGGCUCAGCUUUUCAGCAUUGAAAUGACAGUGGCUGGCUUUUGUCACAAACGGCAAGUUUUUGCAGUUAGGAUCUAGUGUAAUUCUUCAUUUAUAUAUAUUUAUAUGUAAAAGCUGCAUUCCUUGAGCCUUAUACAGGAAUGCUGCAAUGUUUUUUUUUCCUGCUUUGGAAGAUAGCUCGAAAGGCUGCUUCUCCCAUAGGGGAAAAUCAAUUUUAGGCUCAUGCAAAGGUUUUAAGAAUUAUCUUAAUCAGGUAAUGAAGCCUGGCAUUUUUGUUUCAAUGCAUGGCAAUUUUGGAGGCUUUAAAUCAAAACCACUAAACAUCUUGGCAGACUUCUGUCAGAGUGUUUCAUCAAAUCCUUUCUGCUUUCUUUUAACAGAACGGAGUUAAGCAUCUGCUAUAAACAUGUAUCCAAUGUCAUUUGUUAAGAAUGGAUUCUUUGGCUUUAAUGUGGGUUCCUCCCUCCUUUUGUUUGUUUGUAUUCUUUGCACCAAAAAUGUGUUGAUACUAGUUACAGAAAUCUGACAGAGCUCUGAGGAUACCUUUUCUUCAUACAGUCUUGCUAAAUUGUGUGUCUGGGACCUCAUAUUUGGUGUUCUGCAAUUAUGGUGAUGAAGGUUAGUAAAUUCUUCUCCUUUGCCUUCUGAUCAGGAGCAACCGCUGCUCAAUUUAUGACAGAAUGAGUGUUGAUCAUGGCAUCAUAGUAGCCACUGACGCUGUAAUAUAUGAGAAGUUAGGAUUAUUCCUCCAGGGUUCUUGUACAACUGACUUCUUCUUGGACUCCAGGAUGUAUCUUGGCUUUUUUCUGGUUCAGCUUCUUCCUUAGCACUUUGAUUCAGGAAGGACUCCAGACAAGUCUCUUAAAGCAGGUCAAAGCUUCAAUGUGAUUAUUUAUAUAGACCAACCAUCCUGAGCUUCAACUUUUUACGAUCUUCCAGAGUCUCAAAUAUGGCUGAAGCAGCUUUGAUCAGUUUGUUCCUUUCCUAAUUAUCUGUGGACACUUUUUUGUUUUUUUUUGGAAAAAGUAGAAUGGUUGUUGUGUGUUUUCUGGGCUGUAUGGCCAUAUUCCAUAAGCAUUCUCUCCUGACGUUUCUGC